AUGCUUCCGAUUAAGACGGAGGCCUAUUGCUGUACCGGUGCCCACGCGCCUAGAGAUAAGUGUGUUAAAGAGUACUGGCCCGUCGACUACCCGUCCAUUUUCAAACACUACUGUCCCGAUGCCUAUAGCUGGGCCUACGAUGAUGCAUCCAGCAUGUUUGCGUGCCGUGGUAAACCGUAUACUGGCCUAGGUCUGGGUCAUAACACCCCUGUCGACACACCUGAGCUGAUCCCGGAUCUAUGUGGCAAUAAGCUAGCACAAUUUAUCACCGGAUAUUCAUUUGCGUUGGCCAUAGAUGACGGUAACAGGGUCUAUAGUUGGGGUCAUAAUAGUGAGGGUCAGUUAGCCCGGGAUGUGACCCCAGAAGGCGUUUAUCUAAAGCCAAACAAAAUAGCAUUUUUUGAUAAGAAAAAUGUUUCGCAAAUCAGUUGCGGUUUACUUCACACCUUAGCCCUCACAGCUGAGGGACAGGUGUACGGCUGGGGUCGCAAUAGCUUUGGACAGGGCAAUAGGACGACCCCCUCGUACGUGGCGUUCACAGACACGGAACGUCUAAUUGGAGACUCGGCUAAGAAUAUGAAUCCGUCGAAUACCGUCUAUGACGCCAAGAGACUGAUAGGUCGGGGCUUUGAUGACCAGUUGGUUCAGUCAGAUAUGAAUCACUGGCCCUUCGAAGUGGUGUCCGAUUCGGGCAAACCUAAGAUCAAAGUGGACUAUAAGGGAGAGUCGAAGUACUUCUCUCCCCAAGAGAUCUCAGCGAUGGUGUUGUUGAAGAUGAAGGACAUCGCGGAGGCAUACCUGGGCGGACAGGUGUCCAAUGCCGUGGUGUCAGUGCCCGCCUUUUACAACAACUGUCAGCGUCAGGCUAUCAAAGACGCGGCAAUCAUGAGUGGUCUUAAUGUCCUAAGGAUUAUCAAUGAGCCGACAGCGGCGGCCAUUGCGUACGGACUCGACAUGAGGGGAGAGCGCAAUGUCCUUAUCUUCGACUUAGGCGGCGGUGCGCUCGACGUGUCGGUCCUCACCAUCCAAAACGGCAUCUUUGAAGUGAAGUCGACGGCCGGAGACAACCAUUUGGGAGGCGAGGACUUCGACACCCGAGUGGUCAACCAUUUUGUAGCGGAGUUCAAACGCCAGCACCGGAAGGAUCUGUCGGUGAAUAAGCGAGCGAUGCGUCGGCUGAGGAGGGCCUGCGAGGACGCGAAGAGGACGCUCUCGUCGUCCAGUGAGGCGUCCGUCCAAAUAGACUCACUCUUCGAUGGCAUCGACUUCUACUCAACGAUCACGAGAUCCCGGUUUGAAGAGCUGAACGAAGACCUGUUUCGGUCGACUCUGAAACCGGUGGAGAGGGCGUUGAGGGACUCCAAGCUGGACAAGGAUCAGGUGCACGACAUCGUACUGGUGGGCGGGUCGACACGGAUUCCCAAAAUACAGAAACUUCUUCAGGACUUCUUCGGCGGUAAACAACUCAAAAGCGUUAAUCCGGACGAAGCGGUCGCAUACGGGGCCGCAGUUUUGGCGGCGAUCCUCAACGGCGGCAGGAUUGAGGCCGUGCCGGACUUCCUGCUGCUCGACGUGACCCCCCUGUCCCUGGGCAUUGAGACUGCGGGUGGAGUGAUGACCACUGUUAUCAAACGCAACACAACUAUCCCCACUCGUCAGACCCAGACAUUCACCACCGCAUCGGACAAUCAGUCUGUAGCUACCAUUUGGGUGUAUGAGGGGGAGAGUGCUAUGACUCGAGACAACAACCUUUUGGGCAAAUUAUUGUUGACAGGCAUUCCUAGGGCGCCCAGAGGUAAGUCUGAGAUUAAGGUGACCUUCGACAUCGACGCCAACGGUAUCCUCGAUGUGUCGUCCGUUGACAAGGGUAUCUUCGAAAAGAAUACCAUUUCGAUUCGAGAGGUGAACAAAUCAAGUGAGGUGACCGAAUUAAGUAAGGUGACCAAAUCAAGUGAGGUGACCUCCGACAUCGACGCCUACGGUAUCUUCGAUUUGUCGGAAGAUGACGAGUUUUUCCGAUGA